GGAGGUCAGAUCACAUCUUGGGCUCUCCCCUCCGCGGCGCAGGGGCAUGUAGCGCACCCGGGACGCACACUCUCCCCCACGCCCACCGAGACACACGCACGCACGCACCCGCCGGCGGCUCGGAGUUUCCAGCUUGAGAGGUCGGACAUGCUGAAGCCCGGAGACCCCGGCGGCUCGGCCUUCCUCAAAGUGGAUCCAGCCUAUUUGCAGCACUGGCAGCAACUCUUCCCGCACAGCGGCAGCGGCGGCCCGCUCAAGGGCGGCGGCGCCGCGGGUCCCCUGGGCGCGCCGCAGCCUCUCCAGCCCCCGCCGCCGCCGCCGCCCCCGGAGCGCGCAGAGCCGCCGCCGGACAGCUUGCGCCCGCGGCCCGCUUCGCUCUCCUCCGCCUCCUCCACUCCGGCUUCCUCCUCCAACUCGGCCUCCUCUGCCUCCUCCUGCGCCGCCGCUGCCGCCGCCGCCGCCGCCGCGCUGGCGGGUCUCUCGGCCCUGCCUGUGGCGCAGCUGCCGGUGUUCGCCCCUCUGGCCGCCGCCGCCGUCGCCGCGGAGCCGCUGCCCCCCAAAGACCUGUGCCUCGGCGCCGCCUCGGGCCCGGGGCCUUCCAAGUGCGGCGGAGGCAGCGGCGUGGACGCCCGGGGCGCCCCGCGCUUCCGCUGCAGCGCGGAGGAGCUGGACUAUUACCUGUACGGCCAGCAGCGAAUGGAGAUCAUCCCGCUCAACCAGCACACCAGCGACCCCAACAACCGUUGCGACAUGUGCGCGGACAACCGCAACGGCGAGUGUCCCAUGCACGGGCCGCUGCACUCGCUGCGCCGGCUCGUGGGCACCAGCAGCGCCGCGGCCGCCGCGCCCCCGCCGGAGCUGCCCGAGUGGCUCCGGGACCUGCCGCGGGAGGUGUGCCUGUGCACCAGCACUGUGCCGGGCCUGGCCUACGGCAUCUGCGCGGCGCAGAGGAUCCAGCAGGGCACCUGGAUCGGGCCCUUCCAGGGCGUCCUCCUGCCCCCGGAGAAGGUGCAGGCCGGCGCUGUGAGGAACACGCAGCAUCUCUGGGAGAUAUAUGACCAAGAUGGAACACUACAGCACUUUAUUGAUGGUGGGGAACCUAGUAAGUCGAGCUGGAUGAGGUAUAUCCGAUGUGCAAGGCACUGCGGAGAACAGAAUCUAACAGUAGUUCAGUACAGGUCGAAUAUAUUCUACCGAGCCUGUAUAGAUAUUCCCAGGGGUACCGAGCUUCUGGUGUGGUACAAUGACAGCUAUACGUCUUUCUUUGGGAUCCCUUUACAAUGCAUUGCCCAGGAUGAAAACUUAAACGUCCCCUCCACGGUCAUGGAGGCCAUGUGCAGACAAGACGCCCUGCAGCCUUUCAGCAAGAGCAGCAAACUGCCCCCGGCCGCCCAGCAGCGUUCUGUGGUUUUCCCACAGACGCCGUGCAGCAGGAACUUCUCUCUCCUGGAUAAGUCUGGGCCCAUGGAGUCAGGAUUUAACCAAAUCAACGUGAAAAACCAGCGAGUCCUGGCCAGCCCGACCUCCACGAGCCAGCUCCACUCGGAGUUCAGUGACUGGCACCUUUGGAAGUGCGGGCAGUGCUUUAAGACUUUCACGCAGCGGAUCCUCUUGCAGAUGCACGUGUGCACGCAGAACCCCGACAGACCUUACCAGUGUGGUCACUGCUCGCAGUCCUUUUCACAACCAUCAGAGCUGAGGAACCACGUGGUCACUCACUCCAGUGACCGGCCCUUCAAGUGCGGCUACUGCGGUCGUGCCUUCGCCGGGGCCACCACCCUCAACAACCACAUCCGAACCCACACUGGAGAAAAGCCCUUCAAGAAAUGGAAAACUAAAUCCUUCAGUGUAUACAAUCAGAUCGUUCUGGAUUGAACUAUCCCAAGGGAGUUUUGGGAAGCUUCUCACCAUUGCCCACAGAUAUCCAUCCCACGGACAUUUGUAAAUAUUAUGAAGAUACUCUUUUACAAGCUCAUAAAACAAACAUUCAAAAAAACCUUUGUUGCAGAUUAGUCAAUAAAAACGGAUUUCACCUCAACAGUUAAUUUUACUACUUCACCUAAUGGGUAUUGGCUUAAACAACGUUACAAAGAAGGAAAAGAACCUCGUAAAGCUGCAGAAUCCUAAACUGUAUGCCUUGAGCAACUUGCACCUAGAUGCCUCCAGUGGCUCAGUCUCCAAAUUGUCCCACCCGCCCAGGGCCCCGGAGGCUUUCACAGAAUUUUCAGGAGCCUGCCAUGACAGGGGAGAGCCCUUUCCAAGUUCUGAAAUCUGCUGGGAUGUGGGUUUAGGCAGAUCAAGAUUAUUGCUGCCCAAAGAAGGCUGGAGAAGAUAUGGCGUUAAGAGAUCAGAGUCUCAGUGUAGGAUUUGCCUUGAAAUCUGAUUGGCUGAGAGCCCACUGAAAUACUCCACCCCUCAAGCUGCAGGUAGAUCGUGGGCCUGUUGGCAGCCAACUUGGGUAUCUACUUAGAACUUCUAAAGUAAAAGAGCCCAUAGGAAAAAAAUACCUAUCAAAGGAGCAUGAUGAAGGUCUUGGCUUUCAGUUUGUACGGUGACACUGGAAGUCAUGGACAGUAAGGAGCAAAAGCAAGACAUCAUUUCAUUUAACAGCAUUUGCCAAGCUCUUUAGUGAAAAGAGGAAAGAAGGAAGGAAGUGAAUUGGCAUCUAAAACUUCUUUAUAGUAAGGACUCCUUUUUCCUUCUCUAUUACUAAACAUUAACCAUAAUCUCUGAAGAUUUUAGGGGGGCGGGGCUGCUUAGCUCUGCCUGGAGGACCCCAUGUGAACUGCUUGAUGCCCAGCUUUGGAGUCUGGGAAGACCAAAACUUCCCACAGGAAAGGUUCUUCUGUUCAUGUCUGUUAGAAGCAGGGGAAAAAUACUCAUCCGUACGUUUUUGCCUCAAGGAAAGACAGAUUGGCUCAGUAUAUACAUUAAAAAAAAAAAAAGGAUAUUCCAAAGAUCAUCUAAUAUUUUAACAAGAUUCAUGCAGCAGAGCAAAUAAAAAGAGCACAUCAGUAAAUAUGCAUUGAGCACAUCGUAUGUACAAGCCCUGUGCAGUUCGGUCCAAUCGAACAAGCGUUUGGUGACAGUCUGUAGAGGCACGAAAGAGAGCUUCUUGGAGCUUCCAUUCUGUGUAACAGAACUUGACCUCAUUUUGGCCUCUGUCAGCGUCAGGUGGUCAUGGUUAGGCUCCCUGUACCUGUAAUCCAGUCACCUAUCAGAUUAAGUAAAGAAUGAUUUCCAAUCUAAAAGGAAAUCAAAUAUAACUAAGAUACCCAUAUUCAUAGAAAAUUGGGGGUUUCUCUGUGCUGGAAUAUUUGGAUGACUUUCCACAUCAUCGUUCACGCAGUGUUCCUUUCGUGGCUGUGACAUCCGCAUAGUGAGGAAGACGUGUGGGCAAGAGCAUUUCUUUGCUCCCAGCUCAUUACCCUCGUCGUGCUUUGCUACUUUUUCUGCUGCACUCGAUGAAGUCCAGGGUUAGAGGUACCCGCUCCCCCAUCUGUGAUAUAGUUCAGGGUUAAUUACAUGCCAACACGGAUGAAGUCUGGCUUUGACUUGCCAGAACCCAGGUAUUUACAUGGAGUCCUUCUGAUGAGUUUCAUUAAACUAUGAAAAUAACUUGUGAAUGGAUUUUUUCUAAAAUUAAAGGUGAUGAAUGUAAAAUGGAGGCUCAUUCCUUAUUUAAAAGAUUAUUUCUGUAUCCGAUUGUCUUCAUUUCCUCAUUUGGUAAGGAACCAACCCACACCGAUACACAUAUCUGCAUGUAUUUUCAUUCACACUUGGAGCAGAUGGCA